AUGGAGAUAAAAAGAAGAAAGAUAGACUCGAUGAAAAUUUCCCUUUUGAUAGGACUCAUUUCUCGCAUUGCAGGCGUCUUUGGGAGUAUGUCGCACAAUUUCCUGCACUCUUCCCCCGGGGGAGGCCCUGCAUGGACAGCUCCGAUCGUGCACUUUGGGAAUCCAAAUACAUACGCGCAAGAAGCUGCGAAUAUUCCGGCACGUCUUGCCCGGGAGAUUCAGCAAGUGGAUAGAGGCCUCAGGAAAAGGUCGAGUCCUGCAGGGUUCUUCUUGCAGGACCACGGAUCCCUGGGAAUGGCAUUUCUGUGCGAGGAGUUGCAGGAGUACACAAGCGCAAUAACCACGAUAGCCCAGCCCAAGAUACGCGAGGGCAUUCUGGAGGCGCACAGAGAGAGAAUAAUUAUGAGCUGCUCGUUCAAGUACCCCCCAGUAGCGCACUUGACGGAUAUAGCAAUGCGAAAUAUACGGUCCAGGUACUUCCUGCUUAGCGAUUUUAAGCAUGGCGUAGACGAUAUAUCUACGUUUAAUAUGAUAGUUACGCUGGAGGAUAUUGCGUAUAUGCUCGACCUGGGAAUUAUAAAAAGUACUUUGGGCGUAAACAUUUUCAGCCUGUCGUACAGCAGCAUAAACUUCGUCCUGGAGAAAAAAGGCGUCACACACACGGUCCUGAAGGAGACGGUGGAUUGCGCUAUUGGCGUGCUUCGUUCUAGUAUCUUAUCUGCACAGCAGGAAAUACAGAAUGCAAUAUAUCACACGAAGUUAAAGCCAUACAUGUACAACCCCGAGGAGUUUGGCGUGAAAGGGGAUGGGCCUGCGAAGAGGCAAUUUGACGACAGAUAUUAUUACGACGCCCAACACGGGAAUAUAAACGAGCACAUUACCCCCACGGAGUGGAGCAAGUUUAUGCAGUUUAUGCAGAUAAACACGCUGCACCAGCUAAGCUGCCUGCUGGAUAAUGUCUUUGAGUCCUCGCAGAUUCUUCUGAACCAGGAAGCCCAUCUCCAACUCGCCAAAAAGACGGGGAAAAAGAUUUUGGUGAAGAUAUACACGGCUAUGAGCCUGGCAUUGGAGGCGAAUGUAUAUCGAGCCGAUUCAGGCAGCAUAUCUGAAAUAGACAAUUUGCUGGUGGAAAUUGCGGAUGAGUGCAUCGCCAUGCUGGACAACUUCUACAAGUCCGUGCUUGACGAAUUCACGAUGAUGAAAGAGGAGUCUCCCAAGCACUUCCCGGGCCUUAAGAUGCAGGCUCUGCAGCUGAAAAGGUACAUGCUAUACCAGAAGGGGGCGUGGGAAAAGGCCAAGGCAAGUAUGGAGCGCAUCCGCACAUGGCUCUCCGACAACGACAAAGCACUGAGCAGAUACGAGGAAAAGUUUAACAUGUUCAGCGGAAAGGAUAUGCUCGAUCGAGAGGAUGCUUUGUUUGUCCAGAAUGGGAGGUCUAUUUUGGAGUCUCUCGCCUUAUUCGGGAGAAGAAAGUUCCACAUAAAAAAGUAUUUCCUCUACGAGGCACUUGAGAUAUACAAGAGCACUGGAGUCAUAAUUACAGAGUGCUGCGAUGAUGAUAUCACGUCAGGCAGGAGUUAG